UUUCGCACCUGGUUGCACCCCGCGGAGGAUUCCGCGGCAACGAAACGGCGCGGUCACAAUAUCGAGCGACCCGGUGACCUCUCCGGCCGGUGGAAUUGAUUAUUUUCAGCAGGGAGUCCCCGCUCGAGACGAUAUACAUAUCGUCAACUGGUUAGACGUGACGCCGUCUAAAUAGUCCAUUAUGGAGAGCCGUUCGGGCAGCAUUAAAGACCCGAUGUAUUAUCCCGAAAAUGACGGGGCAUCGAGUGGCGGCGCCGGCGGUAGCCAGAUCAGUGGGGAAUUCGUCACGGACAAAAGUCAACGCAGCUCGCUCGGCAGCCAGGAGAUCAACCUGGAUGACGGUAACGCGCUCAAGGUACCGCGUAAAUUCAUCACGAACUGGCGGCAGGCCUGCGAUCGUACGCGAGACCGGACCAAGGAUCUCCUGAAGAGAUGGAGAACCACCAGCAGCAACGUUGAUGAACUCGCCGUCGCGCCUGUUGUCGCCCCCGAAUUGGAGCAACCCAGCUGGAGCGUGCACGUCUGGACGACCUGGGUGAGCCGCUAUCCGAGUGACGACAAUCUAUCUGCCAUUAAUGAGUUUGGUAAAAGCGGAAGCUCGGAAGCUUUAUCACCCCUUCAACGUGAUAAAUUCUCUCACUUUUUUACAUAUCUCUUAGACCACGAUAGGGAUGGUUACAUCAACAGGAAGGAUUUUGCAUUGCUCUCUGAGCGUUUGAGAAGAUUCGCCGAUUGGUCGUGGAACGGCCCGGAGUAUUUGAGACUUCUGGAAAUUGAGAACGGAUUUGCCGGAUUGAUCCUUCAGGAUAAGAAGGAGUCCGUCGAGCCGAACAAAAAAGUCGAUCUCGACGAUUGGUUGUCCUGGUGGGCGCAGAUCGUCGCACCGCCGGACGGUGCUAGUUACAACGAUAUGCCAUUCUGGAUCAAAGUUAUGCCCAGAGUAUUUUUCCUCGCCAUAAACAGUUCCGGAAGCGGGAUGAUCAGUAAGAAGGAGCUCGCAGCCUUUUACGGAUCCGUGAUCGGUCUGGAUACCGACAGGAUAAACAAAUGUCUGGAUAUCGCGUACAAUUCUAUGACUUCGAAUGGAGAUCAUCCCCUGGGCUGGGCGCAGUAUCAGUUAGUGUUCGCCAAUUUCCUGUUCGGUCGCGGUCCAUUCGGUCCCGGAGAGCAUUUCCUAGGCAUGACAGAUUCCUGCAUAAUUCGCGGUAAUACCAUACCAUUCCCCAUCGAUUAUUCCGCGAUGAACACACCGCGGGACAAGUUAGAAGUGUACAGUCCCCAUUGCAAGAGCAACAGACGAAGUGUUGUAGUCUAAUGGUGAAGGCAUCGCAAAAGAGUUCCUUUUAAUUAGUGACGCAGCGUGCACAAUCAUUCCUCGAGUGCCUAAUGCCGUGUAUCACACACCGUGCGUGUUUAAUAUAAAAUCUUAGGCAAGUUUGGUAGAAAGAUCGCGAUACGAAAGAAUUGAAAAACACUACGGUGUUCAUUUUGCACAAAUAUAUCAACGUAUUUUUAUGAAAAGAUUGACGAUUUGUUAAAAAAACAUAAUUAAUAUCACGUCCCAAUACACCGUUACACUGCCAUUUACCUUAUAUUACAUAGGAGCAUUAUGAGCAUCCCUCACACAUAUCGAACGUACGUGUGUCUAAGGUAGAAUACGUAGAAUAAAAGAAGGUUCAACUUAUUCAAAGAAAAAAACAUGAUCGAUUGAUGUUAAAAUUUGUGUGAAAUAUUUGUUUCCUAGAAAUAUUACAUUGUUUAACGAAGUGGUAGAAGACUAUUACGUACUUAUAAAAUUUAUUUCGUAUUUAUAAAUUUAUUAGCGCUUGGCACUUCUUACACGUCGAAGUCACCGCGACAUAUGAGUGAUAUUACAUGAGAGGAGACAUGACUCUUGCGCGACACAUCGAAGAAUCGAUCCUGCGCUGUUUCUAUGUCAGACAAUUAUUGUUAUCUACGAAUAAUGAGAAAAUAACGACGACACUCUUUUUCGACUAUACGUACUUAUAUUAAAUAUUUAUAAACAGC